AUGGGCACCGAGGAAGAAGAUGGGCGCUGUCGGAUGCGGGUGAGGAGUUGUCACCAGUAUACAAACAGGAGCUGUGAGGAGUGUCUGAAAAAUGUCACCUGCCUGUGGUGUGCCAGCAGUGGGAGGUGUGUGGAGUACCCUGUCCGAAGAGUCCUCCCCCCAGCUGACCUCUGUGAGCUCCGCUCUGCACGCUGGGGCGUCUGCUGGGUGAACUUUGAAGCCCUGAUCAUUGCGAUGUCUGUGGUGGGAGGAACGAUCCUUAUCAUGUUGGGGGUCUGCUGCUGCUGCUGUUGUAAGAAAAAGAGCAAAAAGCCAGACAAGGAUGAUGAGCGAGCGGCCAGGGAGCGGGAGAAGAGGCGGGUACGCAAGCAAUGCAGGAGAGCAGAGAUGAAAACACGGCAUGAUGAAAUUCGAAGAAAAUAUGGCCUCUUCAAGGAAGAGAACCCUUAUGCCAAAUUUGAGAAUUAGAACCUCUGGACCUGCCUGCCCUGGUGACCAGUGUCUUCCCGCAGAGCUGCAGGACUCCAUGCUUCCCCUGCCACGAGGAGACCACUGCGGUGCCACUUUGGCUGCCACAGCUGAGCUAAACGCUCAGUGACACCAUUGUCCCCACUCCAGAUGCUCGGUUUGCUCCAGAGCUUUGCCCUUGCUCUACUGGUGCAGGAAAACACGGUGGCAAUAUUGGAGAACAGGUUUCUUCUCACUCACCCCUGGGGUGGUAACAGGGUCCAAAGCAAUGCAAAGAACAGUCCUUGUCCCUUGCUGAGGGCAAUAGCAACCCCAUGCACCUUUCUUGCUCCUGCCUCACCAAAUACCCUUCACACACACACAUCCAGGCUCCUCUGUCCGCCCCCUUUCUUUUUUCUCUCUUUUUGUAUAGGCAAAAGCCAGCAAGAGUUUCUCAACUCCUUGGUCAGCAGGAGGUCUUGGCUGUUACUCCAGGUGCCUGUACUUGGCCCAGCACAUUCGCAUUCCUUUCAAAAAGCACAAGUUUCUGGUUAUCUUGGGCUUCCAGGAGGAAGAUGCCACAUGCAUGUUCUCACUUGCAACUAAUCUGGGGCAAUGCCCCAACUCUUCUACCUCUCUGUGCCUUUCUAGAAGGGUGGUGUCCUGGGCUUGAUGGCCAUGGCUGGGGACAAUACUGUAGGA